AAGUUUGGCUCCGGCGCUGCGGAGGGAGGGGGCGGCCCGGCCCGGCCCAGCUCUGCCCCCGGCCGGCCCGACCCCGGCCCCGGCCCCCGGACCAGCCCUUAUCUGAUCCCAGCUCCGGGUUUAAGAGUCCCGGCUCUGCCCGUCGCUCGGCUCGGUUCCUCGCUCGUGCCCGCCCCGUCCGUCUGUCUGGCCGUCUGUCCCACUGCGCAUCCGAGGGGCCACUCCACCCCGGACCCAAGGCGUUGAAACUGGAUAAAGCCUCGUGGGGUCGUGACAUGAGAAGAGUGGCGGUCGCAGUGUCGCAAGGAUUUGAGGCGGGAAAGAUCGGGCAGGAGCUGCGUGGAGGCUGGUGCGGUGAUUCAGCCAAAAGGAGGAAAGGACCCGACGUCAGGCCAGGAGACUAAGGGAAGAGGCACAGCUCCCGGCAUCAGAUGGAUGUUGACACGAGGAAGGAGAGUCUGGUGGCCCUGGGAGUAUGACAUCAGUCGCCAAGGUGUAUUACAGUCAGACCACCCAGACGGAAAGCCGGCCCCUCGUGGGCCCAGUGGUCCGACGGCGCCGAGUGCUGACCAAGGACGGCCGCAGCAACGUGAAAAUGGAGCACAUCGCUGACAAGCGCUUCCUCUACCUCAAGGACCUGUGGACCACCUUCAUUGACAUGCAGUGGCGUUACAAGCUACUGCUCUUCUCAGCGACCUUUGCAGGCACCUGGUUCCUCUUUGGUGUGGUGUGGUAUCUGGUUGCAGUGGCCCAUGGGGACCUGCUGGAGCUGGGCCCCCCCGCCAACCACACCCCCUGUGUGGUGCAGGUGCACACGCUCACCGGGGCCUUCCUCUUCUCCCUUGAAUCCCAGACCACCAUUGGCUAUGGCUUCCGCUACAUCAGUGAGGAGUGCCCACUGGCCAUCGUGCUCCUGAUCGCCCAGCUGGUGCUCACCACCAUCCUGGAGAUCUUCAUCACGGGCACCUUCCUGGCCAAGAUCGCCCGGCCCAAGAAGCGGGCGGAGACCAUCCGCUUCAGCCAGCACGCGGUCGUCGCUGCGCAUGACGGGAAGCCCUGCCUCAUGAUCCGAGUGGCCAACAUGCGUAAGAGCCUCCUCAUUGGCUGCCAGGUGACAGGCAAACUGCUUCAGACCCACCAGACCAAAGAGGGUGAGAACAUCCGGCUCAACCAGGUCAAUGUGACUUUCCAAGUCGACACAGCCUCUGACAGCCCCUUCCUCAUUCUACCCCUCACGUUCUACCAUGUGGUGGAUGAGACCAGUCCCCUGAAAGACCUCCCCCUCCGCAGUGGCGAGGGUGACUUUGAGCUGGUGCUGAUCCUCAGCGGGACGGUGGAAUCCACCAGUGCCACCUGCCAAGUGCGUACUUCCUACCUGCCGGAGGAGAUCCUCUGGGGCUAUGAGUUCACACCUGCCAUCUCGCUGUCAGCCAGUGGCAAAUACAUAGCUGACUUCAGCCUUUUUGACCAAGUUGUGAAAGUGGCCCCUCCCAGUGGCCUCCGCGACAGCACUGUUCGCUAUGGAGACCCAGAGAAGCUCAAGUUGGAGGAGUCAUUACGGGAGCAAGCUGAGAAGGAGGGCAGCGCCCUUAGUGUGCGCAUCAGCAACGUCUGAUGGCCUGGUGUCCCACCUCCCCAUCCCUCUGGUCCCUCCUCUUUGGCAUCCUGGGCGAGGGCUGUUCCCCAGGCUUACUGGGGGGUCCCAGAAGCACCCAUCCUCCACUCCCUCUGCCUCAACCUGGUGGCCUGUGGCUAGGCGAGGCCACCUGGAGUCUGGGCUUUCCUUCCAUUGUCCCCUUCACCUCACCCCACUUCCACCUGAUGCACAACUCCCUUACGCCAGGAUGGGGAAGGAGAGGGAAGAUUAGGCUGAAGUGACUUAGAACGCCUCGGCCAUGCUUGGAGACUCACAUUAGGAGGACCAUUGCAGUUGGAUGGAUAGACUCCCCCCACCUCCCGCCGCCACCACCACCACCACCAAGUUGGGUGACUUGAGGCUGGAGCCCCCACCCGCCUUUAAUUUCCCACGCAGCUAGUUCCCUAAGGCAAGACUCUGACAGUCCUUUUGGGGUCUGUGCCCUUAGAAAUAUGGGAAUCUGGAAUUCAUUUAUCCUGGGUUCUCUACCAACCCCUGUUGAAAGAAGUCCGAGUUUUUCAGAGUGUGGUUCAUUUCUACUGGCAAAUUCGGACUAUAACCUAGAAUCCUGGUCACCAGUUUUCCUCUAUUUUCUCAAGUGGACCCUCUCUUCAGAUACCCAGUUCUCUCACUGCUGCCUCUGCUCCCAGAGAAUUGAGGCUGACCCAGGAAAUGUUAAACAGUCACAACCACCACACCAGCAUCCGUCCUGGAAUCCGAACUCAUUAGUGUGGAGGGACUAAUGCAGAGCUUUUGUCCAAAACCUUGACCCUAUUCUGCACACAGCCCUGGGAGGAUUCGUUUCCUGGUGAUCUGUGGAUGGGAUGAGCCUUGCCAGUAUGUUCCCAGGCCCCACAGAAAGGUCUAGAAAUGAUGUUCUAGAUACUUACAGGGCCCAGAAUCCCUAGGAAAGUGACAUCAACCCUACCAUGCAGGAUGAGUAAAUUCUCAGAUUUCCAGACUGCUGUGUGAAGCCUCUGGGAAUUGGGGGUGCUUUAUUAGGGUUUGGGCCAGGGCAGAACUCUGUGGCCGGCAGACACAGGCUGUCACCCCUACCUGUGCCCCUCUGACGGUGCAGGCUAUUUCAUUAGUCAGUGCUGGGAGGGAAGGGGACCACGCCUCCUGGUCAAAUAACCUGGGUCUCCCUUAGCCAUUCCUGAGAGUUGGGAUAAAGUGGGCGCCAGCCCCAUCUCCACGUUCCUCUGCCACGAAGCCACCUUCAGGUGCGUUAAAGGGCACACUUUGGGAGAUCAACUUCAGGCUGUUCCUUGUUCCCUGGUGGGGGCUUGGGAGGGGCCAGGAAGGGCAUAUGGGCACCAGAACUUUCUCUAAAGCCCUAAAUCCCAAGAGUGCCUCCUGGUCUCAUUUAGGUACCAAGGAACUGUCCCCCUUGCCCCCACAGUGGCUUGGUGUAGAGUCCGUGCAUGAAUCAAGUGUCGGGUUGUUCAGGUGGACUCGGUCGAUUGUUACAAGCUACACACUUACCCAGAAUGUGUACGUGCAUCUGCGUGCGGAGCUUUACAGAGAAACUCACCCGGUUCUGAGGAUGGACCCAUGGUCACCACAAGAUCCACAUAAGAUCCUCUUAUGUGCAUCUUUCCUUGAACUUGGCUAACUACAACUUCAAAAGGAAGACCCUUCAUUCUUCACUGACCGCAAACCCCACCAACACUCCCUAGCUCUCAAGAAAACAAGAACCAGAAAAACUUGAAAAUCCGACACAGAGAAGAACAGAAGCCAGUUUCUAGGCUCUCAACUUUAUUCAACAUGAGACUUACCUGAUUUCUUCCCAUGUGUAAAGGCCCAAAGUACUGGAGUGAGUGUGUGUGUGUGUCUGUGUGUGUGUGUGCGCGCGCACGCACGUACCGUCUUCUCCAUUAGCAAGCCAUCCUCCACUAGUUUCUCCUGCACACAGCUGCGUCCCUCCCAAGGGAAAUCCUUUCUCCCUAGUCCCCUGCUGUCUACUCUAGGCCCCCAGACUCUGCUCAGAUUCUUGCAUAACAGAAUGAGGACAUUUUCUGACUUAACCUUUUUGAUUCUCCUCCAUGACCCCAGACUUUGCUCUAAGCUGCACUUUAAGUCCUACUGUCCUUUUAAUACAGCCUGGCUGACUCUCCCUUAAGCUUCCCCAGAGAACAGCCCCGCCCCCGCCCCCCGCCAACCAGCUCUUUACACUGUGGCCUCUUCCUCGGAGCUGAAAUCCUUCUUCGGGCUAUCGGACAAGCUUGAGGAUCAGCCAGGUCUGGUGAGAAAUGGGCCCUGUAGACUUGGAAUGUCAGGACAGUGCUAGGCACCGAUGUUAACGGGGAGAUGCCAGACGGGCAAAACGACCGAUGGGGGAGGGUACUCAGGGUGUGACAAUGACAAAGGGUGCUGCUGAGGGACCCAGUGAAAUCAGUGAAACCCGAGUCUCCCUUGGAUCAGCAGAUGAGACGUAGGUGGAGGCUCGGGAAGUAGGGCAUGAUACAUAUGGAAGGUUGACCUAAGGAGAAAGAGACAGAGAUAAUAUAUAUGUAGAGAGAUGUAUAUAGAUGUAUAUAGGAGCAAAUAUACUGAAUGUACAGAAAGGAGAUGUUAGCGUGGGGGCAGGUAUCUUGCUCUGGUUUUGGGGCAGGACUCCCCGGACUUCCAGACUCUUGGCCAGUGAUCCUGGUUUCAAGGUGGAAGCGAGAUAGCUGAGAAGGCUUUCGGGUUUGAUGAUGGGAGAGGGAGGCGUGGAAGCCGCUCUUCCUAAGUGAGGGGACGCCCGCUGGAGCUCCUGAUAAUGUGGGCUGAGGCCCAGGACGAGGGAGACGGGGAGAACGCAGGGGGCAGCCGCUGGGGCCACGGGCAUCUACAACCCACUUCUGCUGCGUGCUUCACCCCCACGGUGUCCUGGCACUAUAGCACUUUUUUUUUUUUUUUUUUGGUUUUAAAAUAAAAGCACCUUCCGUGUCCUUUUCUUGAAGUACACUGUAUGUCUCCUUCCUCCACAGGGCUGGGGGCCAUGGCAGCUCCAGCUCGCUGGCGGAAGGCUGUCCAACCAGGAGCUGAGUGCUUCGGUGUGCGGGGGGCGCUGGUGGGACGCCCCGACCCUAGCCUCCAAACGCCAGGACUGUAGAGGUGUGGGCCUCAUGCUGGGCCCAAGGCCGUGGCCCGGCCCCCUACAUGGCUGCAAGCAGCCCAAGUGCUCUCUGUGCCAGAAGAGUCCCAGUCCUGGCACUGGGUUUGCCAGUGGGGAGGCAAGGCAAACAGGAGGAGGGGGGUUAUCAGCUGCCCUGGGGGAGGCUGCGGUUCCAUGAGAGGCUUCUGAAAUCCUGACUCUUCUCCGCCUCGUUAUCCACCACCCAUCUCUGCCAGCUAAUGAGACCAUCCAAGGAUUUCCCUCUGAAGCCUGAGCAAGGAAGCCAGCUAUAAUAUUGCUACAAAUCGGGGAUACUGCCCCCUCCCCAAGGCUGCUACCCUGGUCCUUUCCCCUGCUGGUUAACCUAGUUUCUUUGUAACAGGUAACACGCCACCCUUGCUGUAGAUAAACAGCUCGGUCAUGGCCAGCUCUACCGAAGCACGAGUGUCCGGGGACAGCUUUUCCAGUUACCACAUUAAAGACUAAAACAGGUCAAAUUUACCUAGUAAAAAAAGACGUGAACUUGUUUGGUUUAUUUUACUUAAUUUUAGUCUGCUGCUGAAUAAAA